AUGAAAAAGGAAGCGAGGGCACGACCACGCUCCCCGGUACCCCACCGCCCGACGCCCUCUUCUCCAAACACGCCCACCGCCGCGCAUGCAUCGCACGAGCGCACCCUGUCUUCCGCCUCCGGCUACGCGCACCACCAUGUGGCCGGCACUGCCAAGAGCACCACCUCGCCCACGAAGCAGCGCUACGUCGCGGACGCGCACGGCCUCGAGAUCGUCAAGAAGAUCCAGCAGGACGAGGUCGAGCUGCGCGAUCGCACCAUCGUCCUGUGCGACAUCAAAGCCAACGUCCGUCCAGCUCGCUUUGCGAAGCUGAGGGCCAUCAAGGACGCGAAGAAGCUAGGCAAAGCCCCCACCGCGAUCCCCGCUGUCUCAGGUUUAAAACGCCUCCGCGGCCGACAUCGUGGCGGCGCAGGGGAAAGAGGCGGCGCCGCAGCGAGGCUCGUCAUGUCAGCCGCGUAUCAAGACUCAGCCAAGCUGAUACGCGCCUGA